GUUUAUAUUGUAUUCAACAAUUAUGUCUUCUUCCAACAUUUCGUCCGUGUCGAAUCAAUCAAACCAUAUUUCAAAAAGCUAAUGGAAUUAAUCAAAUUCUAGCAUUCAUUCGUCGAUCAAAUAAAGAUAGACUUCUUCAAGCUAAAGCAAUAACAACUAUUGCUUAUGUUAUAUUUGAUCAUAAAGAAAAUAAAGAAAUAUUAACAACGGUAGAGGUUAAACAAUUAUUUAUACGUAUUGCAUCAUUACUUAAUGCUGCCGAUGAAAAUAUUCGUAUUGAAGCUGGAGCUGGAUUAGUUACUUUUAUUUGUAAUGAUAUUAAUUAUUAUACUCUUUGUUCCGAAGAACUAUCACUUGAUCCUGAACAUUUUCAAGAAUUAUUAACAUCAGAAAAUAUUCCUGUUCGUUGUAAUGCAGCAUUUCAAGUAAUGAUUAUUGUAAUUCGUCUUAUAAAUGAUAGAACUGCAGCGGAAUGGAUUGGUCGAGCAUUAAUGAUUUUAUUUCGAGUUAUUAGUAAUAAACGUAUUGAUGAUGAAGAAAAAAUUUUACCAACUGAUAUUAUUGGUCGAUUAGCACAUAUACCUACAGGUUUCGGAUUACAUAAACAUUCAGGUGUAUGUGAAGCAAUUAUUGCUAGUGAUGGUCUUGAACAUUUGAUUUCACUAUUAAAUAGUUUAAAUAUACUUUUACAUGGUAAUGCAGCUGUAACGAUCGAUUGUCUUGUACAACAUUCAUCAGAAGGACAACGACGAUUAUUAAAACAAUGUCGUAUUCAUACACAUUAUCUGAAUGUUUUACAAAUGUAUACAUGUAGACCAUCAGCAUUAAGAACAAGAAUCGAUGAGUUAUAUUCAUCAAUUCAUAAUGAACAAGUAUAUUUCCCUCCGAUUCGAACAACACGACAACGUCGAAGUGUACCAACAACGUAA